AUGUUCCCUAACUGGCUGGAGGAAAUGCUUAUGCUGGUGUUUCAACUGAAGUCCGAGUCUCCUAUGCCGUUGAUAAUACGAAGUCGACGACGAGAGAAACAGCUAGACUCUCACUAUAAGAUGAGCACCACUACCUCCGACAAGAUUUUGAUUAUGCUCCGUGGUUUGGACGAAGUCUUCAAUAUCUCAGUAUCUUCGCAACAAUGCCCAGGGAAUGGCGUCAUGACGGACGAUCUAAGAUCAAGUCUAGCCAAGGGACUCCAAGAAAACGAUAUGCUCGGGCUUGCACCACCAGCCACCAAUAUGGAAAAGAUGAGUUCUGCAAUACAAAGCGCUAGGAGAUGCAGUGGUGACCAGUCGCAGCUAAGGUCACGCCCAAGUCUAGAGGAGAACAUAAUGACGACUAACAACUUGAACCUUGACGUCGAAAGUGUCGCGGAAAUGGCAAUGAGCACCUGGUGGAGUCAGCUGGCCAGCAACGGAGUAGAUGAGCCGGAUAUGCGAUUCACAUCUGCGCUUCGUUUUCGUUCCACUAACCCCAUCUUGUCCUUUUCGAGGUCAGGGGAAUGGAACUACUACAUGACAUUGGCGGUAACGGGUUUAGUUGAGGUGUUUGGUAAUUUGACUCUUAACGUUUUGUUGAUAUGA